AUGGAAUCAGUAGAUCCAGAAUUGUAUGAAAGUCUAAGCGGGUGCAUCGAAAAUGAAAUUAAGGAUAACUAUUUGGAUUCCAUGAUUGAUUGCAGUGAAGAAGAUUAUCACUCGGAGGAUGUACAUUACGAAAGAGAUGAUUUAAGUGAAGAAACAAAAAGAAAAAAAUAUCACACAUAUGGACGGAAAUAUACAGACAAAGAUUUCCAAGGAGAUAAUGUAAACAAAUACUAUCAACAUUUGCCUAUAUAUUAUGAUGGAGAUAACAACGAUGGACCGAUAAAAAAAUUCAAAAGAGUUUACAAAGCGAAUAAGAUAGAAAAUUUGGAGAGAAAUAUUCGAGAAGAAGAUCUGUACUAUCCAUCUGUUCCUGUACAUUGGAAGGUCUAUGUGUGUCUUUUCUUGGACAAAAAAUAUAAUUAUGAAAAUGAUAAUGAUAAAAAAAUUUUUGAAAAAUUUAAUAAAAAUAUACGCCACAGGUACGUUUUGGAAUUCCUCUCUUGGGUUAAGCUUUCCACAAGAAUAUACCAAAACACUUCCAAAGUCUUGAUGCUGUUUAAUUUGAAGAAAAAGGAAAAUAUUUUUGGAAACCUGCUCUUCUUCACGUCUGUAAAUCUACACUAUGCUGAUAUGUUUGUUAAAUCCAAUCCUUAUGUGAAGCUGGGACUUUGUGAGGAGUUAUACAUAUAUGCUUACCAACAGAAUAAUGACCAUUUUUUACUGGGUACUUUUCCCAACUUGUUCCUACAGAAAAAUUAUUUAUUUCUCAAAUUUUUUAAUUUGGAUAAGUUGGACCAUAUAAACACCCUGUACGAAAAGCACAUGCGUUUUUUUAUACGUUCUAAUAUGAUUUUCAAAUUGGGUUUAUUGAAAAAGGCUGCCAAGGAUAAUAUGAAGGAUUUGUUUUUAACUCCUAGCCAAUAUUUGCCCAUUACGGAGUCGCAGACAAGGAGCGUGCUGGCCAAGUUCGACCGGGAGAUGGGUGCCUUCGAGCGCUGCUCUGCCGUGGAGGUCAACUCGGACCGCAGCAUUCGCCGCGUGCACACUGCGGGUGGUCAAGCGGUCGGUGAACCGCAAGCCGCGGACUCGGCCAACAGCGGUGAAGGCGGUGAAGGCGGCGAAAGCGGCGAAAGUGGCGAAAGUGGCGAAAGCGACGAAAGCGACGAAAGCGAUAACGUAGACAAUGCCGCCAGCCGCGAUAGUGCCGCCAGCCGCGAUCACGGUGCCCCCCCCCGGAGGUUCGCGCGCGACUGCCUGGCCGAGCUGACCAUCGCCAACUGCAGGGACGAGGAGGAGGCGCGCGAGUUCCUGGAGAAGGACCCCUACACCAGGUGUUGCCUCUACGAGAGCAUCUUUUUCUGCGAAGUGCGCGAAGUAGCGCCGCACGUGAAGUACACAGAGGGGUACAUGCCGAAGGCUAAGUCCUAUUUGGACUACCACUACGACCUGGAUAACAAUUUAAACCCAAACUACUGUCUCGAGGACAAGCCGGAGUACAUGGGGAACAGGAGCCUUGCCCAGAAGAAGCUCGAAAAUCACGAAAGGGUGGACUUUGACAUUUUGGACACGUUCAUCAAGUUGAAGUACACCAACCGGGAGGUCGAGUGCGGGGAGGAGCUGGCAGAAGGGUUAGCGGCGGACGAGGGGGGGACAGCAGCAGGUGGAUUGGCAGCAGCAGGUGGACUGCUAAAAGCAGAGCGUGCAUCCGAAGCCGAAGUCGAAGUACCCCCUCCCCCAACCACGCUCUUCAAACCGAGGAAGAACCAAAAAAGGAUAAACAAACGAUACAGGGUAAAAAUUGUUGACUACGAUAACGACUACAUGGAGUACCUAUGCAACGUGCAAAACAACAAAAUAGUGCACGUGAGGAAGGAAGAGAGGGAUGUGCCAGUGGGUGAGGAGACGACCCCUUGCCUGUCGAGAGACAUUUACGACGUCCUGGUGAAAGACAUGAAGGACCCAAAUAUUUACCGGAAGAAGGAUAUCAUUUUAGUGGAUAACACUCUGCAAUUUUUUGAUCAUCUUUUUUUUAAAGACUACCUGUCCAAUUUUGUAUACAUUUCUCUCCCACCUGGUGAAUUCAUCGAAGAACCAUAUGCCAUCAAAGACGAAAAAAAUUAUGAUUUUACGAUCUUCAACAAUUCGCUAGCUAGCCAAGAAGACUUCCUAAAGAGACAGAACUAUCAGCCGAGGUUCCUAAAAGGUAUAUGGUUGAGGAAGGAUCAGUCAAAGAUUUUAUUUUACGACAAACAGAAUAAUGCACUCAUGUAUGGCACAGGAAUCGAUAAGACUUUCUCUUGGGACAAGAAGGUUAAUCAUCGCGUUAUGAAGAGGGCAUUGAUAAAUAUGGAGAUCGCUUUGGAAAAAAUUCGACAGGGGAGUUGCGUGUUGAAUGAUGAUAUUACUGUGAAUCAGGAAACUAAUCGCACUGUAAAGGAGUACACGGACGAGUACACGUCGUUCGAGCGACGGUUCACGUCCCCGCAUAACCAACUGGUUUCAUCGGAGGGCUACCCGGACUACAAGCCACCCCCAGGACUGGAGUACCUCAACCCGCACAUCUGGGAGAAGACGCCCGAGGAGCACAAGGAGCUGAUGCUGGACACGGAGCGCGUGCAAAAGAUCCACUCGAAGUUUUUGAAGAAGCUGGAGCUGUACAAAGCGUCGAUUGACGACGACCCCUUCACGCAGGAGGUACCCACGGAGAGCGACAUCUUGGGGAAUAACAACAAGGUGCAGGUGGAGUACCUGUGA